AUGGAGAGUCCAGGCCACUACAGCACGAUGCCUUCCACGUCGACGCCGGACAUGAGUUCUAUCAAGACGGAAUUUACGCCAAGCCCACAUCUUCGCGAUCAUCAAUACGGGGCGACACCGCAGAACCAGAUUUAUCCAGCGUUCAAUCAGCAACCGCCUGCGGUAAAGCCCGGCUCCCACGAUACAUGUGACCACACAUUCCAUGGUCAAAAGAACAGUCGAGCCGACACGUCGCUGAGUUUGCUCACCGAGCGCUUCCGCGUCCUGUUGCAGGAUUCUCCCAACGGCGUUGUUGACUUAAACCAUGCGUCGAAAGAGUUGGGCGUGCAAAAGCGGCGCCUGUACGACAUCACUAACGUGCUCGAGGGUAUCAACGUAUUGGAAAAGAAGUCCAAGAACCAGGUCAUGUUGAAGGAUAGCAAUACCGGUGCGCACCUCGAGGAGGAAUUGCGACAACUGUCGAAAGUUGAUAAUCACUUCGCAAAACUCAUCGACGUUGCCGAAAAGACGCUGUUUCAGUACAAUCGCGAGACGCAUGGGUAUGUGACAUACCAAGAUCUGAGGUCGAUCGAGAAAUUUAAGCAUAAGACAGUGAUGGCCAUCAAAGCACCGGCAAAUACGAAGCUUGGCGUGCCGGAGGGUGAGAUGCAAAUGCAGAUGUGCAGCCAGGAAGGCGAGAUUGAGGUGUUCCUGUGUCCUGUGAGCACAGAGAAACCCCGCGUGUUGCCGGCCAUUGACCCACUGCUAAGAGAUUUGCAGGUGGAUCCCACUAUCGAACUACAAAACCUUUGGGCGACACCUCCUAUUCCACCCUUGGACAUGCCUUAUGUGGAUUGCAAACCUAUAUCAUCGCAAACUUGUCGGCAAAUUUCAUUUGCAAAUGGCAUAAAGGAUCCAGUGAUGCAGAGUGUCGGGGUCUCGAAGAACUACCCACAAGGCGCGAAGUACGACAAGGAGACGAGAAUAUCAGACAAUUUACAGUACGACUUGUUGGACUACGCGAACGUGGUGGGCAACGCUCUGAAGACGGAUGACACCAGCUUUCCUAUCAACGCGAAAUACCCUAACGAGGAUCCGAUGUUCUGCGACCCCUUCAUCAAUUUGGAGCCACCGGCACAUUCUCACUACAUGCCGGUGUUGGACUUGGAUGAGAGCGCAACGGAUAUGUUCCUUCCGUUCGAAGACUUGGAUAAAAUAGAUUAAUUUUUGUAUUUAAUUUAAACUUAACUUGCUGCGACAAAGCACAUGACGCGUAUACAAACCGAACGGGGCGGACUCGUUGUGGAGUGCGCGACGAUUGAAACCAAUUCCGUGUAAGUAUUUAGCCGGCCCAUCCAACCUGAAAACAUAAGCUCAAAGCUCGCUGAGCUGAUUCAGCGGAUUCAAAAGGAUGCAAAUUAAAUUUUCCAAGGCGUCGUUACGAGAUACGCGACACGCGUAAAUAAAAGGACCAAAGUGCCUGGUUUGUUUUAAUUUCUUCAUUUCAAAGAACCGAACUGACGCGAACACGUGGCGCACUAAAAGGAGAAAAACGGAUCGAGUAUAUGUUUGAUAUGUAAAGAAAAUGAAUGCUCGAAGACUAUUGAUUUAAGUGUUGAUUAUUUCUCGUUUUAAGUACAAACACACGUUGCGAGAACGCACUUGCUGCUAUAGUAGGAGGUAUUUUUUCGUCGCCUUUUUUUUUGUUUCACUUACGACAUUUUAUUGUUACUUAUUUGGGCGAAUGAUUGUGGAGGCGAGUACAGAAGACACGAGUGCCAUGUUACAACGCAACAAGUAAUUCCAAGCAGCAAGUAAAAAUUACAAUUGGGAGUCGUGCUGAACUUCCCGUGCAUACAUUGUACAUAUUAUCUCUCAAUUUCUGGCGAAUCACUUCGCUGGAACGCAAAUCGUAUUUUUUAUUCGAACGCAAAGUGUACAGACAUUUUCUUUUUCACUCAUUCGGAGACCGCGCGCACUAGCAGCGCAGGUCGCUAUUUUGUAUCGUACAUUAUUAUCAAUAUUGUUGUGUGUAUUACAAGUUUAUAUUAAUUUGAUGAUAGGAUGUAUAGUGUGGAGAGCAAAAGAUCACCCCGAAUUAAGAUCGAUAUGAGAAAGUAAAUAAUUUAUUUCAAGCAAGAUUGGAAAAUCAAAGGACACAAUGAUGCAAUAUUUCCGUACUAGUCCUUUUUACUUACAAAAGAGAAAAUAAAAGUAAUAGCAAAUGUGCGCAAUCAACUCCGGGUUGAUGCAGCUCUAAGAGAAUUGCAUACUUUGUUACACACGUCCUGCCUGCAUUUCGAAGACUGUCCAUGAAUAAUAAAAUGAGAACUUAAAAGUGUAUUUUGUCACAAAUAUUUCAAGUAUUAAUGAAACGAACGAAAACAGUAGUAGUAAAUUAUUGAAUUGAUUGUAAACGAAAGGCGGUGUCUUGUUGACAUGUGUUCUUAUUGGCGUUUUGAGAAAGAUGAUAAAAUUGUUGGUUUGCAAGGACAAGGACGUUCCGAAGCUCAGUACAGAAGGAGCAAAGACAGCGUUUACUACUUGGGUGUUUUGUAAAAUUAGUACAAUCCUACAUUAUAAUUGUUAAACUCCCCUCAAUUUUGUAUAUGUAAAUAUUAUUAUGCUAAGUUCGUUUCUACGACGAAUUCGUUCGCAUGUUUUCAACGAUGUCAGUUGUCUUUUCCCGAACGGUUUUUUUAAAAACAAUUUAAAUUUGAAGACAAAAAUGAAAUGAAAAGCCACAAGAGGCCUUAUAUUUAACAUGAAGACAAACAAAAUAUAACUUUUCAUUGUGGAGAAACCCUAAAUUACAAGCGCAUCACCGUUUUUAUUACCAAUAUGUAAAUAAAUACAUAAAUAAUAACGAAACAAGAAAACUAAUGUGAAUUAAAAACAUAUUCAAUAAAAAAAGAAAUUGCAUUA